AUGUCCAGGGACUUCCCCAAUUCAAGUAGGAUACCGAAUCCUAACUUGUUGAGACCUGAUAUAGGCAUUUCCAAAGGAUCUUAUGAAAGUCCAUCCUAUCUUUCAUUGCAUGAUUCCACUUCGAAAACCGUACGGAAUGCCAUGGGUCUCCGAUCUAAUAAAUCAUCAUUCCCAACAUCACCUCAGUUAUCUACUGCUUCCCUCUCACAUCUUAGGUUGACCAAUUUGGCAAAGACAAAGAAUUGGGAACUUUUAGAAGAUUUUGACUUAGAAGAAUUAAGAGAUGGAUUUUUUGAUCCUAUCUUUACUAAGCCUGAAAAGAAAUAUGUAACCAUUGAUAACGAUAUUGAUCCAGCAAGGAAAAUUAAAGGAAAGGGAGCCCAUUUUAAAAGGAAACUAAUAACCAUUUUAAAAAAUUAUUUUAUAUAUGAUGAAAAGACUACACUCUCUCAUGUAUUAUUUGAUAAUUGGCAAUCGCUUUUCAAAUAUUUCAUAGCAUAUUUCAUAUCAAUUGUGCUUUGUGUCAUACAUCCCUCCGGGGAAUGGAUAGGUCACAAAUAUAGAUAUUUCUUACCUAUUGCUACAUUGAUUCAUCAUCCUGUAAGAAACAUUGGUAUUCAGGUAGAAAUAUCCCUGAUGUCAAUCAUCGGAGCAGUAUUCGCUAUGGGAUGGUCAUCAUUAGCAUGGUAUAUAUCUACUGCAACAAAGCCAACCGCAUCACAUCAAGGUGGUAUAUUAUUUCAAAGUAUGAUUAUGGCUUUAUGGCUUUCCACAUGGCUUAAGGCUUAUUAUCAAAGAACUUUAUAUUUUUCAUUGUCAUUUAGUAUCGCUAUAAUCUUUUUCCACACAGUGGAUUUGGUCCAUUCACCAGAUGAAUUAAAGUGGAUACUAUUUAGAGAUUUUGGAUUAUCGUAUUUAUUUGGUAUAUUAGUAUCAUUACUAGUAUGCAUAGCGAUUUUCCCACAUUUUGGUAAUGGCCAAUUGAUUAAUCGAUUUAGUGACUCCAUUGACACAAUAAAAACUUUCUUAAUUUGUAUUAUUGAUAAAGAUCAAGAGAAUAAAGAAAUCAAAUUGCGAGAUUUACAAAAUAGUAUGAUUAGAUCUUUAAAUAUCGAUCUAGCUCAAGAAUUUAGAGACUUUUUAUCUCAAGUAUCAAUAUCCAAAUUUAAAACUGAAGAUUUAAAAACAUUAAGAAAUAAUUUGACCACGUUAUCUAGUCCCUUGAGAGUUCUACCGCUGGCUGGUAAGAUUUUAGAUACCUCUGAAUUAGAAAUAUUAUAUAAGGAUAUAUCUGAAAGGAAAUUGAAUCAAGAAAAUGAAGAUAGUAAUGAAAUUAGUGAAGAUACUUCUAAAUUUGAUACACCAACUUCGUUUAAAGCGAAUGGAAUAUUUACACCUUUGGGGUCAAAAGGAACAAACAUCUUUUUUGUGCAAAUCCUAAGAAAUACAUUUUCGAAACCAAUUUUCGAAUUAAUAUUAAAAAUGAUUGUUUUGUUAGACAGUUGCGAAGUAAUUUCUAAAUUUAACAACGAUUCAACUGCUUCAAAAGAUGAAAUGGACAAUUUGGAACGCAAUAUGACAAAACUAAAGAAGAGAAUAUACAAUUUGGAUGUCACUUACAAGAAAUUUACAAAGUCAAGUUUUUUUUCUAAUGACUUAUUAAAAGAUCAUGAUUGUGUUAAUAUCUUUCUUUUUUUAAGAUAUUUAAGAAAUGCAGCGAAAGAUCUCAUUAUUGUAACGAACACAGUUCUUAAAAUGGGUUCUAAUAUCCAUCGAAGACUGAAUCUACCAAAAUAUCCAUUAAAAAGAGCAUUACAUAGAUUACCCAAACAAUGUUCUAUUGAUGAGGGAUCAGGUAAUGCAUUACAUUAUUUUGAAACUAAGAAAGAUGUUGACGAUAUUAUGGAAAAGUUAUAUAAUUCUUACACUUCAAGACAUGCAUACAAUAAGGGUCAAGAUACCUUGGUUAGUACAACCGAUGCAAUGGACUCUGCUGUGGUAGAAAAUGAUGGAAAAAAAGAAGAGAAUUCUGCCGCUAUACCGACACGUGCCAUCGACCAUACAGACUUCAAUUUACAUACAACCAAGAAUCCAUGGAGGUAUAGAUUUUGGAGAUUUACUAUAAUAUUAGGCGGUCAAGAAAUGAAAUGGACAUUUAAAAUUUUAUUCGUUAUGACAUUUCUAUGUCUUCCAAGUUGGUUACCAGAAUCUUAUCGAUGGUACCAAGAAUAUCAAUGUUGGUGGUGUCCAAUGAUUUUCUUUAUGUUGUCACAUUCUAGAUAUUCAGGACAAUGGAAUACACUUAUUAGAAGAAUAUGUUUUGGUCUGAUUGGAAUAUUUUGGGGUUGGGCAGCAAAUCAAUCACGUCAUUUUAGUAAUUCAUUUGUGGUUGCAACAUUUGCUGGAUUGAUUGUCAUACCAUUUGCCAUUAAUCAUUUAAUCUUUUAUAAUACGAGGUCAAGUUUUACAGGUAUGAUAUGUUUCACAAUCAUUGCCUUAGAACCAUUUUCAAAGGGGAACCAAACGACUUCUAAAAUUUGGAAAAACACUUGGACAACAGGAUUGGCAUUGUUAAUAGGUGUUGCGUUAUCUAUUCCUGUUAGUUGGUUAGUAUGGUCAUUUAGGGCUAAGAGUGAAUUGAGAAUAUCAAUAUCAUCAUUAUUAGCAUAUUUAAGUCAAUCUUAUCAAUCUGUCACGGACCGGUAUUUAUAUCGUGAUUCACAUGAUGCACCUACCGAGUUAACAUUAGCAUUUGCUCACAUUAGAGAAGUUCGUUUGACACAAAAUAUUGAGGCAAUUAGAGAUUUAUUGAAAAUGGCACGAAAUGAACCCAGUUUUGUAUAUGAAUAUCCAAGUUUAAAAUAUAAAGAACUUAUUGAUUCAUGUCAAUUUUUAAUGGAAAGGAUUAUUGAAGCUAGAGUUUCUGGUUCAUUUUUUGAAGUUUGGGAUCGUGAUUUAGAUAAUGAAACUACAAGAGCCUUACUAUCAUUACGUAGAGAUAGUGUUUCUUCAGUGAUUUUUGUAUUUUAUAUUCUUUCCAAUUGUUUCAGAUCGAAAAAUAAAAUUCCAAAAUAUUUACCUAAUUGUGUCCUUGCAAGGAAGAAAUUAUUUGAUUUUAUUGAUAAAUUUGAACAUGAAAGAACUUAUUACAAUAAUAAUGCUGUUGAAGAAAAUAACAAUACUGCUCAAAAUACAUUACUGAAAAAGGCUUUAAUGAAAAUAAGCAAACCGCAAAUUGAUGAUGAUGAUGCUGAAGAUGGAGAGGAAGAUGGUGUGGACAAAUGUAAUAAUGAUGUGAAUGAAGAUAAAUAUGUCGAUGAUGAAAGUUACGAGAAAUUACAUUGGACAGAAGUUCAUGGAAUUGCAUUUGCGAGAGCAUUUACUGAUAUUUCUGAAUCUAUGCAAAGGGUAAUUGAUGGUUCAAAAGCAAUAUUAGGUGAAGAGUAUUUUUAA